AGAGAGAUUGAGCAUCUGCUUUUUUUCUCAAAAACAACACAAAAGAAAAGAAAAGAAAAGAAACAAAUUUUGAUUUUGGGGAAUUUUUUUUUAGCUUCGUGCUUGGUGGCUCACGAUUCUUCUGGAUUUUGGUCUUCCUUCGCAUCGCGCAUCUCAUCGGCUUGCUCGAUUUCUCUCUUAUUUGAUCAUCUCUUACUUCUUCUUCUUCUUCUUCUUCUCUCGCUUUUGGAGGUACCUUUUUAUUUUAUUUUGCUGGACUGGGGCAGAAGAGUUUGUCUUCUAUUGUUAAAAGUGUGAUUGUUGUCGUCUGCGAGAUAGCUUGUUAGUGUAUCAAGAUUUUGAUGGAUGAUGAGGAAAUGGAGUUUGAAGAAGAUCUUUUGAUGACCUGUCUGUGGACCUGACCAAGACAGGAAUCUUGUGGGGGGGCUUCUUCUAGUCAGGAAUUUUCAUACUUGUAGGGUUGCAACAUGGAUGACGAUGGAGAACUGGGGAUGUUUUUUCCUAAUUGGAACUGCAAGAAUCCAUCUGAAUCGGUUGAGUCUCGUGGUUUAAUGUUCUCUUGUUUUGUUGCUGCCCUUGUUGGUAUUUUGACCAUCGCCUACACAGCUUUUCAAUGGCGAAGAAAUAUCAACUUAAGUUGGACGAAAGCCAUUGCCAGAUCAAAGAAAAACCCAAAGGCACGACAUAAGGUUCCUGUUGCUCCUCAUAGCUGGGAAACCGACCCUAUAUCUCGUGCCAAGAACUUCAACUGUUGUGUAUGUUUCAAGUCCAUGUCGCCAUCUCAGGCAAUUGUAGCUUCAGAAAGUGUUUUCCACAGGUGCGCAAUCUGUGGAGCAGCUGCCCAUUUUAACUGUUCUUCAAGUGCGGCUAAAGAUUGCAAAUGUGUCUCCAUGACUGGAUAUGAGCAUGUGGUGCACCAGUGGGCAGUGCGCUGGACAGAAGGUGCUGAUCAGCCUGAUGACUCCUCGUUUUGUAGCUACUGCGACGAGUCAUGUAGUAGCUCCUUUCUUGGGGGCUCUCCUAUAUGGUGCUGCUUGUGGUGUCAACGUCUUGUGCAUGUUGACUGUCACAGUAACAUGUCGAAUGAAACUGGUGACAUUUGUGAUUUAGGCCCGCUUAGAAGGUUAAUAUUGUGCCCUCUCUACGUUAAGGAAUUGACACGGAAUCCCUCUGGAGGAUUUCUGAGCUCAAUCACGCAUGGUGCUAAUGAACUUGCAUCAACCGCCCUUGCCAGCAUCAGGAGUCAAAGCAAAAAAUACAAGCAAGCUAAUGAAAGUUCAGCUGACACGGGUAAUAGUGGUAGCAAUUGCGAUGAAUCGACAGAGAGCACAGCUGAUACAGGCCCACCUGUUGUUAAUGGCUCCCAUGCCAUGCUUGAAAAUACUAUCAGUGUUAUGAAUGGUGAUUCUUCUCACGGGGACAGUGAUAGCAAUGGCAAGCUGGAAAAGAAGCCCAGUGUUAAGAGAAGCGGGUCUCUUGGUCAGAAGGAAUAUCAUGCGCUAAGGUCGAAACUUAAGUAUGAACUCACUGAUUUGCCUUCAGAUGCAAGACCGUUGUUGGUUUUUAUUAAUAAAAAGAGCGGUGCUCAACGAGGUGAUUCCCUUCGUCAACGCCUUCAUCUUCUUCUGAAUCCCGUGCAGGUUUGUGAAUUGAGUUCUGUGCAGGGACCAGAAGUGGGACUUUUCCUCUUCAGGAAGGUUCCUCACUUUAGAGUUCUUGUUUGUGGUGGAGAUGGCACUGCUGGUUGGGUAUUAGAUGCAAUAGAGAAGCAGAAUUUCGUCUCUCCUCCUGCAGUUGCUAUCCUGCCUGCCGGAACCGGGAAUGAUCUAUCCCGAGUAUUAAAUUGGGGUGGUGGUUUGGGCUCUGUUGAGAGACAAGGAGGCUUGUCUACAGUAUUACAGAACAUAGAGCAUGCUGCAGUCACUGUUCUUGAUCGUUGGAAAGUAUCGAUUUCGAAUCAACAAGGAAAGCAACUUCAGCCGCCAAAAUAUAUGAACAAUUAUAUAGGGGUCGGGUGUGAUGCGAAGGUCGCCCUUGAGAUUCACAAUCUACGGGAGGAGAAUCCAGAGAGAUUUUAUAGCCAGUUUAUGAACAAAGUCCUCUAUGCCAGAGAAGGUGCAAGGAGUAUAAUGGACAGAACAUUCGAAGAUUUCCCUUGGCAAGUUCGCGUUGAGGUGGAUGGUGUUGACAUCGAGGUUCCUGAGGAUGCGGAAGGAAUACUUGUUGCAAACAUUGGGAGUUACAUGGGAGGGGUGGAUUUAUGGCAGAACGAAGAUGAAACAUAUGAAAACUUUGAUCCACAAUCAAUGCACGACAAGAUAGUGGAAGUCGUGAGUAUAUCUGGAACAUGGCACCUUGGAAAGCUUCAGGUGGGGUUGUCUCGUGCGAGAAGGCUAGCUCAGGGGCAAUCAGUCAAGAUACAACUUUGUGCGCCGUUACCUGUGCAAAUUGAUGGAGAACCUUGGUUUCAGCAACCAUGUACCUUAAACAUAUCUCACCAUGGCCAGGCUUUCAUGCUAAAGAGAGCUGCGGAGGAGCCACUGGGUCAUGCAGCGGCUAUAAUCACAGAUGUUCUAGAGAAUGCAGAAACCAAUCAAGUGAUAAACGCUUCACAGAAACGAACACUGCUUCAAGAAAUGGCUCUACGGCUAACCUAAAACAGAGUAAACAAUGAAAAGACAAAAGACAAAAAAACCUUCCAUCGUCAAGACAACAGCCAAUCAACUAUCAGUGGUUAGUUAUUGACUUGUUUGUGUCGUCAGAAUGUUUACAAAAUAUGUGUAUUUUACAUAUCUCGUACUUGUACAACUGUCUAACUAAGGAGCGUUAGAUAGUUUUGGAGAUCGAAAUCCGCGUCAUGAAAAAGCGGGUUCUGUGUGAUAUUAGGGGAAAAAAAAGAAAAAGGAACCAAAAAAUGGAUUCUGGUUCCAAGAUUUUUGGGUGUUGCUGUGAUAGUGUAGUGUCAAGUUUCACAUGAAUGAAACUGAUACAAAGCUUGUUAAAUUAUUGAUCUUUGUCUUUCGAUGGGUUCUUUUUAUAUAUCAAUAUAAUUUUUAGGAGAAUCAUGUGUAGUUGUAUGUAUGUUUUUAGAUGAAGUCUGUUCUUAACUUGCGACAACGCAUUUUGGCUAUUCA